AGUGACACAUUGUGUUUUCAUCCCGCCCCUCACACGGGCACACGCAUAUUGGUGGAAGCCGCUCGGGCAGGAGCGUUUAUUUAGUUCAUUUUUGGUUUCUGAAUUUGGAAAAAUAUUCUGUAUUUCUGCCUUGAUGGAUAAUUUUCUAUUGCGCGGUUUUUUAUGUGUGAUAGUUGUUUGUAUGUUGAGCUUGUCAGCGCGUGGACGCAGUGAUGUGCUCGAGCUCAGAGACGCAGACUUCGAUUACCUCGCGCCCGAGCACGAGACCCUGCUGGUGAAGUUUUAUGCACCAUGGUGUGGCCAUUGUAAGAAACUCGCCCCAGAGUUUGAAAGUGCAGCUACUCGACUGAAGGGAACAGUAACUUUAGCCAAGGUGGACUGUACUUCUAAUACAGAAACCUGUAAGCACUAUGGGGUCACUGGAUACCCAACACUCAAAAUAUUUCGGAACGGACAGGAAUCAUCAUCGUAUGAUGGGCCACGCUCAGCUGAUGGAAUUGUGAACUAUAUGAAGAAUCAGGCCGGGCCGGAUUCUGUACCUCUGCAAAGUGAGCAUGACCUGGAGAACUUUAUAAACAACUUUGAUGCCAGUGUAGUUGGUUUCUUCUCAGGGAGUGACAGCUCUCAACUCGCAGAGUUUCUUAAAGGAGCCAGUUUAAUGAGACAGAGUUUCCGCUUUGCCCACACCACAGACCUCCAGCUUGGAAACAAAUAUGGCGUCACAUACGAGUCCGUGCUUCUGUUCCGGCCCCCUCGACUGAGCAGUAAGUUUGAGGAGAGCGUGGUGCACCACAGAGGACCAAUGUCCAUCACAGGCCUGCGGCGCUUCAUCAGAGACAACAUUUUUGGACUUUGUCCUCACCUGACCAAAGAGAAUAAAGAUUCAUUGAAAAAGAGGGAUUUAUUGACUGCCUACUAUGACUUGGAUUAUCUUCACAAUCCCAAAGGCUCCAACUAUUGGAGAAACAGAGUGCUGAAGGUGGCGUCUAAGUUCAGUUCUCAGGGCCUGAUGUUUUCUGUGGCGAACCGUAAUGACUUUAUGGAGGAGCUUGAAGAUGAGUUCGGUCUGGGUGCGUCAGAUGGAACUGAGCUGCCGUUUGUCACCAUCAGGACACGGACAGGAAACAAAUACACCAUGCGGGAGGAGUUUACACGGGAUGGCAAGUCUUUAGAGAGUUUUCUGGAAGACUAUUUUGCUGGGCGACUAAAGCGCUAUGUCAAAUCAGAGCCUGUACCUGCCAAAAACAACGGACCGGUCAAGGUGGUUGUGGCAGAUACAUUUGAACAGAUUGUGAAUGACCCAGAGAAGGACGUGCUUAUUGAGUUUUAUGCACCGUGGUGUGGCCAUUGUAAAAAACUGGAGCCCAAAUAUACAGAGCUUGGAGAACAGCUAUACAGUGACCCCAAUAUAGUAAUCGCCAAGAUGGAUGCAACUGCCAACGAUGUCCCACAGGGCUAUGACGUACAAGGAUUUCCUACAAUAUAUUUUGCCGCUGCUGGACGAAAGGACGAGCCAAAAAGAUAUGAGGGAGCCCGUGAAGUGAAGGAUUUCAUCAGCUUUCUGAAGCGUGAGGCGUCCAAACCUCUUGUCCUAAAUGGAGUCAAGGAAGAGCUGUAAACAAAACAAAAAAAGCUGGAAAUUGUUGUUCAUGAAGAGUGGAGAAUUCUGUAGAAUUCUGCUGCUGUUCAGCCAUACAUAUCAAAUCGAAUUAAUUGGCAACAAUCAAUUUAAUAAAACCAAUUGUUUAUUAUACAAAGUAAUAAUUUAUAUUUGUCCAUAUGUGAUAGAAAAUAGAACCAAUUGCUAAUUACACUAUAGAGUUGUGUUUUUGUUGUUUGUUGCAUGAGCUUCACUGCUCUGUUCUUUGUUUUGAUACUCAUUAUUUCCAUCUGUAAAUCUACUGGUCCGUCCACAUUAAAUAUUGCUGUUGUUUAACGUA